GGUCUACUCCAGGGAUUAUCCUAGCGCUUUCAGAUCUGAUGGAGGACAUGCAGGCAUGAAUAGGGUUGUUCUGUUGUCAGUGCGAGCUCAUGCCAGUGAUGGACUACAGCCGGACGGAUGCUAACCUUAGCUGGCAUUCACAAAACAGCAUUCCUCCUUACUGAGACCAGCUCCACAGAAUGCUGAGUCCUAUUGUCCCCUAUAGUCUGUUGAAGAUGCACUGGAACCCAGAGCAUGCCCAGCCUCUCAGCCAGUGGCCUGAGCAGCACCUGGACGUCUCCUCCACCACCUCCUCUCCGGCCCACAAGUCGGAGUUUUACUCUGGCCGCAGCCGCGGCUCCUACAACUACGCCUGGGCCAAUGACGACAUCUCCGCCUUGACAGCCUCCAACCUGUUGAAGCGCUAUGCUGAGAAGUACGCUGGCGUGCUGGACUCACCGUAUGACCGGCCACCUACCGUCGGCACCUAUCCAGAGCCAGGAACCUUUGGGAGCCUCAAUGGCCACAAGACUGAGCUGGAGCCCUGGCCACUGACGCACAGCACUGAUGCCUCCUAUUCCCUGGUGCCCCCGGGAGGACAUGACAGCCUCUCAGGCUCCAAGGUUGUAGCCACGUCCGCGGGCCCUCCAGGAGUUAGCAGUGUGUCUGUGGUGAACAGUAACCUCUCAGACUCCGGCUACAGCGGCAGCAGCUCCUGCAGUGGCUCCAGCGAGUACCCCUCCAGCUACAAUGGCACCUAUCUCUCCUCAGGGUACUGUCCCCAACCCAGCGCAGCACUUCCCCCUGCCUCCCUGCACACUCUCCAGUCCACCCCCACUCUGGUGCCCAGCUAUAGCCCCACCACACCUGUCUAUAACUAUCCCCCAAGCACGUACCCUCCCCAGACCAGCCUAGCCCCCAGCUACAGCCACCCCUCUGCGACCUACCUGCCCUCGGGUCUAUCAGCCCCUACUCCAGUGCCCUCCAGGCCCACAGUGGUAGGAGGCAGCUAUGGUUACCAGAGCACCAACCUUGGGACAUCUGAGUCUGGAGGGACAUUAAAAAGAAAAGCAUUCGAGAUGACUGUAGAAAAGGAUGAGGGAGGGGAUGGCUCUCGUUACAGGAAAUAUAGCUACGAUCCGUUGAAGGCCGGAGGAAACUCACCCUACAGUGUGAAUGACAAAACAGAGUGCCGAGGAAACGGCUUCAGCAGUUCAGGCAGCACAGACCCUCAAACCUUCAAGCCCAGUAAGCCCUCCUCCCAGCCCCUGGUGUCUCCUCAGUAUGGGGCAGCAGGGGAGUACAGCCCUCCAGCGGGUAUGACGGGGGAGAAUGGCGUGGCAGAGCAGGGCUUCACCCAACAGCAGCAGCAGCAGCAGCAGCAGCAGCAGCAGCAUCGCUCCCAGGCCCACAAACGACCUCCACUGUGUGGGCCAACUGUUGAGACUAUGAAGAGUCCAGAUCCCCGACUGCUGGACCUUGUUAAUGGGGAGUUAUUAGACUGCAGCCCAGCCCUGGGCUGGGGUGAGCUAGCCGGGCUCACCCAUGUCAAGACUGCCCUGGAGGAGGACCUGCUGUGGCCUGUGUUAAGGCCCAGUCCAGUGGUGCGGCCACCAAGAACCGUCCUGCUGUUUGGCCCCCGGGGAGGGGGCAAGACGACGUUGACUCGUUCUUUGGCUUCACAGCUGGGGGCUUCCUUCUACCGGCUGAGUGGAGCCAUGCUGGCCUCUAAAGGGAAGGCUGAGGCAGAGCACAUUCUGGGGUCUCUGCUGCAGGUGGCAGGGGCGCGGCAGCCCUCAGUGGUGCUGCUCAGCCAGGUGGAGGCCAUGGAAGAGGAGGGGCUGAGGCAGACACUGUUGACCACCCUGGAGAAAGCCCAGGUGGGGACCACAGGUCUGGUGAUUCUUGUGUGUGCCACUGGCAGGCCAGAUCUGCUGCAAGAAGCAGUUCAUCGGAGCUUUGCCAAGCGAUAUCACGUCGGCCUGCCAGAUGUGGGCAUGCGUAGGCAAGUGCUGCUGCAGGCGCUGUCGCCCCAGGGCUGCAGCCUGAGCGAGAGGGAGCUGAGCGCUGUGCUUCAGCGCUCUGAGGGCUUCUCGGUGUGGGAGCUGCUGCAGCUCAGCCAGCAGGCGCUCUCCUCUGCGGCCUCCCCCAAUGGAGCCAUGCAUGGUCUCCCCACAUCCUCCAAACCCCCAGCCUUCACAGACUUUGAGAAUGCCUUCUGCAAGGUGUGCCCACACACCACCGCAAAAGAACUGGACACUUGUACAGAGUGGAGCAAGAUGUAUAGCCACUGAGAAAGCAGCCAGUCACUGAACUCGGACUGCACUACGAACGUGUCUUUGUUCUGACAUGGCAAGCCUUGGGAAUGUUUUGUUGUUGUUUUGUAAUUACAGAUUAUGAAGCCAAAAGAGCCAGAGAAGCUCAACGAUACAGGAGAGCUGACAGAGUUGUUUUACUGGCAGAAGCAUGCCAUGGUGUACUGUUUUUGUUUUGCUAUGAAUAUCCGCAAUAUUUUAUUUUUCCCAAAGAAAAGAAAGAUGAACAAGCCUUGCUGAGUGGGGUAGUGUAUUAGUCGUUUGGCCAAUGGGAGAAUCAGAUAGCUAUUUGGAUACUCUCAGAGAUCCUGAUUAGCCUUGGUCCAGGACAAAAUCAAUUAUUUGUUGCUAGGUGACGUGGUCCAAGAUUAUGGAUAAUCAGGGUUUGGAAAAUACCCCCUUUGACUGCUACUCUCAGGAUCGUAUUUAUUGCCAGUCCACUUCCAUGUUAUCCUAAUGUUGAUUUAGUCAUUGGAUUGUCACUAAUCAUUAAGUACGAAGGGCUCGGGAUCAGCAACAUUUCAGCAAACCAGUCUUUGACCAAAAACAUGUCAAACCAAAUGCAUAAUCAGCAGUACUGUUCUAUUUCUCAAAACAGACUGGUCCUCAAAAUCACAAUAUAUUAAUAUUCUCGAUAGCUUGUUACCAAAUCAUGACGCAGCAGUUAGUCCUCACUCUUCUGGGAAAGAAAAGAAAAUGUAAUCACAUUUAUUAAAUCCGACCAUGUGGCUGUCCCUCGCCAGGAGUUCAGUUGUCCAAGUGAAACCUCGCAGUUACACUCGACAUGUUUGGUUGUAGAAAUACUUUUACACGUAUCUUCGUAUAAAUAUACUCACACUUCGAAUGGUACGAUUCACAGACAGCUUAUUUUGUUAUUUUUGGAUUGUCGUUGUGGACUUCCACGAGUUUGUUCUCGAUCUCACAUUCCUCAUCGAGUGCAGUUUUCCUGAGAAUCACACUCACAGAGCAACACUUAACCUGCACACCCAGCUUCUCCUACAGCGUGUCUGUUUUCUAUUUCACUUACUCCUUUUGUUUUCUUAGUAUGUAGUCUUGUUUGAAAUGCUCAGGAAGAAUUUCUUUACCUCAGAAAUAUGAAAUAAAGAAUGUAUGUAAUCUUAGGGUCUUAGUAGGGAGUGUCGCGGAGCGAGAUAAAGGAGCGAGGAGAAACCUGACAGUCUUGUAACACCCACUGCAGCUGGGCUUUUACCUCGGGAGAGAAACUUGAAUAUGCUACAAAGAGUAACAUUGAAUGUAAUUCAGGUAUUUCAAAGGAUAUUUGAUGCCAUAAAUCCAUGUAUUAUUAUAUAUGAAUAUAUAAAUACAAUUUUCUUUUCUGUUCUUUUACCUUUGAUUUUUAUUGUAGUUUAUGGUGGAGUGAUGAUUGUCUUCAAGAAAUGCUAGAAUACAGAAAAUAUUCCUUUUUUUGUUGGACAAACUGCUUGCAGAUCGCUGUUAUGUAGUGUUUACAUAUUCUGUAUAUGCAUGUGUGCUGUCUAUAGUUUUACAGCUGAAAAUGUAAAUAUAACACACACAAUCAUACACGCGCACUCACACCGAACCUCUGAGCACAAAAUACCUUCUAAAAAAACGACAUAG